UUAAGAGCGCGCGCUUUUGUACCAUUUCUUUAUCUUUCCGCGAAAAAAAAAACAAACGAUUAAAAAAACGACCAAUAUGGAAAUAUAAACAAAAGACAAUUAGUUCGAUAUUCAAAAGAAAUAUUUGUGAAAAAUUAAUUGAUAAAAAUACGAGUAAUUUCAUCAGAAGAGUGAAAUAAAACUUUUGAUUAGAGGAAUUCGGUCCGGUGUGAUUUUUAGUGCAGUGCUGUUACUUGUUAGAUUUAUCGAUUGUUAUAAAUAUCGAUAUUCCAAGUGAAAUGGUGUUCCGAUAAUUGCAAGGUGCAACUCGAAAAGGAAUGCGAACGGAUUGGAGCACACGUCUUCACUGCUCAACAGUUGCCAUCCAAAUGUCUUAAAGAUUCCAAAUUCAAAAAUGGGUAGCGGCUUCAGCAGCGCCAACAGUAGAAAGGGGUCGAAGAAGGAAGCUCCCAACCCUGAGUCUUCGAGGAUCCUCUUCCUCCUGUACCUCAUACACAGGACCUGGAAUGUCGUUGUGGAACAUAUGGACUCCAAAAGUGGAAGAUGGCGUGGUUCCCAUACCGUACCAAGCUCAGGCGAAGGUCUACGCCACUUCGAUUCCGUCAGCCUGGACUCCGGGGGCUCCUGCUACUCUGCCUGCAGCUGCAGCUAUUGCCGGCUCCGGGACUGCGCUCAGGAUUGCAUAAGUGAGCUGACGUUACAAGAAGGGAUGGCCAAUUGUGGGGGUUGGAGUGAAGAACCUGUAUCAAAGGAAAAGCAAAGACCUCCAAUCUACAACCCAGAGGACUAUGCCACGUCGCUCAAGAAAUGGGGGAAGAAGAUCGGCGCGGGCAGCUUGUAUGAUGUGGACCCUGGGCAAGACCCGAAUAAGGCCAGGACGCUGCCUACGCAGGGCAGCAAGGAUUUCAGAAAUCCAUGUCUCGGCUUGGGGGAGGAAAUGAGCCUUCGUCAGUUCGGCACACCCAGCGAGCUCCUGACCAAACUCAGAGCUGAUCUCAGGCUGUCUUUUCCAAGUUUCGUGCAAGAGUUCGCGUGCGAGCCGCUAGAUGGCGUCACCCUACUGCUGGAACUCCUGCGCAAUAUUCAGCUGAGUCAAACGGGGGAGGCCGCGCGAGGACCUCCAGCUGUUAGAAGAAGGCCUCUGUUGGAUGAACUGGCUUGCCUGCAAUGCCUAUGGAGUUGCUGCAGCAGAUACUCCGACUGCGUCAGAAGACUGAUGGCCAGCUCCAAUGGAGUGUAUGCGCUUACUGUAUGCAUCAUGUCCACUGUCAACAAGACCAGAGUCUUGGCUUUACAGCUGCUCACCAAAUCCUGUUACCCACCAGCUUCAGGCCACAGUAUGAUAUCGGAAGCACUAUCCACAUUACGUCUCCGUUUCGGCGAACCAGUGCGUUUUAGGUUUCUGGUGGGAAUGCUUCAAAGUGGAGGAGGUUCUGGGGAACUGCAGGCAGCUGGUCUGGCCUUCAUCAAUGCUCUAUUAUCAAGUGCCCCAACUCCUCAACGGAAACUGUAUAUACAGGCGGAAUUGGAGCAGGCUGGUUUCGAUAUUGUCACUUUGAAGAAGAUUGUGUUGAAACUGCCAAGCACUAACGAAGUUGUAACAAAAGAGAUAGAAAGUUACGAGAAACAGUUGAUUGAUAUCGAUACUCUGAACGAGAAAGCAAAUGAGGCUCUGAAAGAAAAAGAUGAUCUUAGAAACAAGUUGGAUCUACUAGAGAAAAGAGUAAAGAUACUACAAGAAGAGAAAGGGAUUCUGCUGUCGUUAGAAAAAUGUUUGCAAGAGAAAUGCUGCGAGUUACAAGAAGAAGUUAGCACAUUGAGAUCGGAACACGGCAGUUCAAACCGGAAGAAGACUUUUGUGAUGAAGAAAAAAAACUCCGUUCACAAAAAUAGAGAUGAGUCAUCACCACCAGAAGAUGAAGGCAUAAGUUCCUCGGAGCGAUCACUUAGUCCUGAAGGCGAUCCACAAAGAGAAUCAAUGGUAUACGAAGUGUUCAAUAUAAAGAAUGAAACAUAUGACCUAUUGCGAAACAAACGACCGCUACACAAAAAACUAGAAAGUACUAAGAAGACUGAUCCAAAAUUAAAAUCAUCAGACGAAGACGAUGAAACUACUAUAGAUGAAGUCAUACAGGAACUAAGAAAUAUAGUGAAUCAUGCAGAAACUGAACAAUACGUAAGAGACAGAACUUACGAUGAUAGGUCGAGAUGUAACGAUGACUCGGAGAUCUCCCUACAUGAUUACCAAAAGCACAAGUCUAUUGAAAAAGAGGAUUCAGUAACAAGCACUAGGCACAGCAUUCAAAUAAAAAAUAAUACAGAUAUAGAUGAUGAUAAUAAUGACGAGGAGGAAGCAGAAAUAGUUCCCAGUAAAAUAUUACCUCACCCACCGAGAAAGGCCAAAAGUUUAAUUCACUUAUUUGUACCACCUGUAGAACAUGGAUUGUUAUAUAGCAAAGCCCCUGAUAUGCUUGAUGAUAACUUCUACUCGAGUGAUGAAGGUUCGGACUCUUUAUUAAGUGCAUCACGGUGUCAAAACGAUAAUAAUGUAACCAAAAAGAAUUCUACCACUAGCUUUGAUUUUAAAGAAUGUCGCGCUAAAUUCGAUAACUCUGAACGCAACGAUGAUAGCAGAAUAAAACGUUCUAGAACCAGAUCAAGAGAAGAACAUAAGAAGACGUCAGUUAAGCGUAGCGAGUCUUUCCAAAAUUCAGAAAUUGGAUCGCGUCAACGCGAACAUAUCGAGAGUAUGUUUUACGAAUCACAAAAUCAAAGUCCAGUCGAUACAAAGGCACAAACACCAAAAUGCAAUCGUGUCGAUGAAAUAGUGAGUCUAAUCGAAUCGAAAAAGUUAACGAAAAGCUUAGAUAGAAUCGACGAAGGGCUGAAUUCGAUGGUCGAUAUCGUAAUGACUAAUGAACCUAAGAAAUCAUCAUGGUACGAAAGAAGACAAAGAUCAGUAUCAAGAACCAACAGUGAAGCAGGGAACGAAUCUCCGCUAAUACCUUUCACAAGAUCUUAUAACAGAGUUCAUACAUACAACUCUAAAUCAUCAAGUUAUAAAAGCAAAGAUGAGAAGGAGCAGAAAUUAUUGCCUCCAAAGCUAAGUUCGGGCUCGUUUGACACGUCUACUUUUAACCACGCGUUUAUUAUGAAACGAGGGAGUACCGCAGGGCUGUACUCUGGCUCCCAUAUACUAAGGGAUGCUCCAGCUAGUAUGACAAGUUUAGUCAUGACGGGAACACACAGCUACAGCGACUUGAAGAAAACUGUAUCAUCAGUCGGGUCUUCUAGCAAUUUUGGAUUACAUAAAGUCACGGAUAUGCCUUCAGGUCUAUACUGAUUUGAUGAGUAUUUUUAAACCCCGACAACGCGAAAGUCUUUGACACAAUAGUUUUGAUCGUGGUUUCGGAUCUACCGAAUGGAUGUAUUCCAAUGUAGUUUCUUUUUUUGCAAAGUUCACCUGAGAUCUUAGCUAUACUUUUUGGGAUCGAUGAUGGAUAAAUGAUCGAUGAUGAUGAUGCCCAUGUUCAGAGGCAUUUUCUCAAAAUAAACGCAAUUUGGCUUAGUAUAUUAUGGCAUAACUGGCUUGGCUGGUAAACAAUUGUGUUUGUUUUCAUUACAAUCUGAGUGAGGACUUGAAAAAUUGAUGAAAAACAUUGAAAAACGUUCAAGCGGUUUGGUCGUAAGGAUUCCUCACAUCGAUCGAUGUUAACUUUUGGAUCAACUAUGCCACAUGUCAAGAUCGCUUCAGAGUCAAAAAUGCCACAGGUCGGGAAAACUUUUAAUUUAAUACUUGUUAUAGAAUGUAACGCAUAAAACCAACGACUAAUUUAAGUAUCGUACACCUAAAAAUUUUGUCUAGUGCAAUAUUAUUAUCAAUAAUUUCCCGUUAAAGGAAAUAUAUACUUAUCAAAAUUGUUAUCUUCGUUAAAAGCUGGGUUUACACCGACACAUGCUGAAUACUGUAAUGUUCGACUCUGUGUCGAAACAUUCGAAUGAACUUUAAAGGUGAACGCACACUUAUACGAGCCGAACGCGCCAAACGAGUUGAACGCAACGAAUUUUAAAAUUCUGUAUACGAAAUCUUCCGAUUCGGACGAUUCGACGCGGGGAAAUGUGCGAGGUUUCAAGAGAUUUCAUAGGUAUAUAGAAUUCUAAAUUUCGUUUCGUUCGACUUGUUCGGCUCGGAUAAGUGUGCGUUCACCUUUGAACGUUGAACAUGUUCGCAAUUGGAGACCCAGCGUAAGGCUAUGAUCAAAUCUUGGUAAUUUUGUGUCUAAACAAAAUUCGCUUAAGAUUACAUAAAACUUCGUCACUGAAGCUUACUUUUCAUUGUUAGAUAUAGAUUGCUAUGUCUAUGAUGCUAAAAAUCUUUGAAGAGCUAAAUUAAUUAGCACCAUUCUUAAUUUUUUCUAUCCACGGAAAGAAGUUAGUGGGUAUAGCACUCUAUUACGUAAUCCCAUAUAAAUUAUAGAAACAAAAAUCACAAUAGGCGCCAACCAUUUUGAGUCACCAACAAAUCACAAAGAAACAGGAUGUUUUCUAAUUGAUUUUCGAAUGUUUUUUUGAAAACAUGCUUGUGAUUGGUUGGUGACUCAAAAUGGUUAACGUCCACUGAGAUUUUUGCCUCUAUCA